AUGGAUAUAGAGUUCUUUUUAAAUCUUCCAACCGAUUUACGGAAAUCCGUGUACUAUCAUCUGGACGGAUCAUUUACUCAUCUAGAACCACCAUCUGUCGAAGAUUUAUAUAGUAAUAACUCCAUUGAGGUUUUGACUAACAGAAAGAAAAAAACAGCCUUAGAGAAGAUUCUACUUGAGAGACUGUACAGUAUUUACUCACCCUUUAUUGAUAUAUUUGAAUAUAAUCCUGAUAUUGUGAUUAAAUGGUUACAGUUCUCGAUAUGGCUAAGAUAUGACUCAAUCAUCUUGGAUUGUCUUCGGUUGAACCAUUCCUAUAGUGGUUCAUUAAUUGGUCCUAUUGAUUGGAUUUAUUUAGAUACUAAUUUGAAGUUAUCGUAUUUCAAUAGAAAAGGUUUACUACAAGUAUGGUAUACACAAAAUGAAUAUUUUGAUUGGAUAGUUGAUUGUGAACCAUUAGGAAUCACAGAUUUAGAAACCAAUUAUUUUAGGUUGAAUAUGGAACAUUUCAAAUUAUCUAAUAUAUCAAAGGCUUUAAUUCAAUUUGAAAAGAAAAAAUUAUUAAAUGAUAUUUACCAAGUAAAAUUUCAGAUAAUGGAAGAAAAUAUAGAUGAAAUCUGUGAUAUAAAUGAAACAAAAAUAAACAGCAGUAAGAUAAAUACAUCAAACAAUAAUAUUCUAGAUAAUACAAGGGACUCAUUAGGAUCGGGAAGCAGUAGUCUUUAUGUAGAUGAUAGCGAUAAUAAUGAUGAUAGCAAUACUUCCUCUAGAUCAAGAAAGAAACGCAAAACAUACACAUCUGAAAAAGGUUCAAAACAAUUGGAUAUAAGUGUAGUAAAUGUCCUAUCUUACUUGAAAAAGAUGAAAAAGCUUAAUAAAAUCAGUGUAAGAGGAGAUAUAUUAUACGAUGGAUUAAUUAAUAGUCAUGGAAUAAGAGAUAGAAGAAAUAACGCAAUCAACUACUUAAUAAAGAGAAAGAUUGAGGAAAUUGAAGUUUUCCAAAUUUCUGAUUUAACAGAAUAUGGAUUAUCAGAUCUUACAAAGUGGGAUAACUUACAACACUUAUCCUUGAUUAAUAUUAAAUAUUGUGACAUGAAUAUGAUAAUAUUCCCUAAGUUUUGUCAAAUACUUACUUUAAAGAACAUCACAAGUUUAAAAUGGUUUGAUAUAGUUCCUGAGUCUCAGGGUAAUUAUUUCCAGAAUAAUUAUUCCAAAACGAAAUUACCUUCUUUAGAGGAUGAUCAAAAUUUACUCAUAUAUCAUUAUAAAAGAAUGACUAAAUCCAAAAUAAGUUACAAACAAAAAUUAUGGAAAAAUCUAGGGGCAUUAAAUAGGAUUAAUAUUCGACACAUAUCUGACAUUUUAACCGGGAGAAUAAUAAUACCAUUAACAUUACUUUCUGAACAACGCAUUACCCUUUGUGCCUGCCCCGAAAAUACUGAAAUCGUUUGCCUAUAG